AUGUUCACCAGACUUUCGCUCUUUUCUCUUCUUGCCUCGUCGCUGGCCGCCGGGUUGUCCUACAACAACAUUGACAAGGCCGCCACUCCCCGAGCCAAGGAGCUCCUCAAGUAUGUUCAAUCUCAGUACGGCUCGCACUACAUUUCCGGUCAGCAGGAACUUGCCAGUCUGGAAUGGGUCAAAGAGACUACCGGCGUCACCCCGGCCAUCUUGGGCACCGACCUCAUGAAUUACUCGCCCUCUGCCGUUGCCCGCGGAAGCAAGAGUGAAACCAUCGAGCAAGCCAUCCGCUUUGACAAGGAAGGCGGCAUCAAUGCUCUUGUCUGGCACUGGUACGCUCCGAACUGUUUGCUCGAAACCGAGAAAGAGCCGUGGUACAAAGGCUUUUACACCGAGGCAACCUGUUUCAAUGUGGCCAAUGCACUUGGCUACCGCGGGAACGCAACAGCCCACCGCGGAAACGGAACAGACUACCGACUAUUGAUUCGGGAUAUCGAUGCCAUUGCGGUCCAGCUCAAACGUUUGGCGGAUGCAGACGUUCCGAUUCUCUUCCGCCCGCUCCACGAGCCGGAAGGUGCAUGGUUCUGGUGGGGAGCUCAAGGUCCAGCUCCCUUCAAGAAGCUCUGGAACAUCGUCUACGACCGUAUCACCCGCGUGCACAACAUUCACAAUAUUGUGUGGGUCUGCAACACCGCCGACUCCAAGUGGUAUCCCGGAAAUGACAAGUGCGAUAUUGCCACUAUUGACUACUAUGGCACAACUGGUGACCAUGGUGUCCUCGCGGAGAAGUUCCACGAGCUGCAAACUGUCACUAAGGGUGAGAGAGUUCUUGCGCUGGCGGAAGUUGGGUCUAUCCCCGACGCUGAGCUUCAGGCUAAGGAGAACGUUCCCUGGGCCUACUGGAUGACCUGGAACGACGAGUUUAUCAAGGAUGGGAAGCACAACUCCCAGCAAUUCGUGAAGGAUACAUUCAGCAACAAGCGCGUUGUUACCGUCGAUGGUACUACAAAGAUUAAGAACUGA